UCUCUCUAUCCCUCUGCGUGAGCGGAUGUUACUGAGCAUGCAAUGAUUGUUAGUAAGAGGCAGUGAGGCAUCUGUAUAAAAGCAGAGUGACUUACAGAGGGCAGCAGUGAAGUCAUACUGGGGUUAAGCUACCUGAAAACUGAGGUCGCAGAUAUGGACUGCCAUAAUCAGGAGGAACGCAGCCGGCCCCAGGAGGAGGAGGACAUUAUGGACAUCCCACUGGACGACCCCGAGGCCAACAGGGCAGCUGCCAAGAUCCAGGCUGGCUUCCGUGGCCACAUGACCCGCAAGAAGAUGAAGCCAGAGGACAAAGCGGAAGCAGAGGAGAGGCAGGAGGAUCGGGGGCAGUAGAGAGCGAUGACACAGCUGUGCCAGAGCAGCGAUGACCCCUCUUCUGACACGGACGAAGAAAGAAAGCGAGAGAGAAGUGGGAGGGGCUAAGCAAGGUAGCAAGCAAGUAUUUGGCUGGCUGGCACAAACUGGCUGGGUUGGGUUUUAAACGCACCUAUUCACCACUUUUUUGAUUUAUUUAUUUCUGUUCAGCGUAAGUUAGCGGUAAUAGAAAAUGAACAGUUUGAGGAUGUUUUUUGUUUUUUUUUUUGGACUUCUGCUUCUCCAGCAGUCUUCAACAGUGCGGAUGUCUUUGACCCACAAUUUGCAACUCACUGCAUGUACUUGUGAAACUUCUGGUUGUGUGCUAGUUUUUAGAUGAUGAUCUGUGAAUGUGAAAAUGAAUGUGCUCUAAAUGCAUAACAGGGCUUGUGUGUGCAUCAUCAGCAUUAGACUUCCGUGGCUUAAAUAUUGUUGCUUGUUUUCUGACAUGCUUGUAUCUUAUUAUUGCUUAUCCGUUGACUCGCUUGCAAAGAUAAUUAAAGAUUAAAAAAAAAUCACCUAAAGAAACGUA